CCUUCCACUGCUCAGCAGGUGCAGAGGUGGACGGCAGACAAGGGGAUACAGGACACGAGAGCGCCCGCGGGUGGCCAGCGACAGCGGAUGGACGACGGAGAGAGGGACGACUUUCAGGACGCCCUCGAUGAGGAGGAGAGACGCGAGGGUGGGGCCAGCGAGGAGGGGUUGGCAGACGAGGCAGACGAGGCAGUCGGAGAGCCUAACCUGCCAGGGGAAGAGGUGGUGAUGACGUCGAGAGGCGUCGGUCGAGCGGCUCCCGCUCUUAGGGCGCCGCGACCUGAGUUGGAGCGCGCUAGGAGGGAGAAGAGGGGAGUGGGGGAAGCUGACCUCGAGGUGCGAGACACGGGCAAGGAGAAGAGGGCUCGACAGACGACGAUUGACGAGAUGUACGCCAAGGAGAAGUUGGCCGAGUUCACAGAUGCGUGGCUGCAGUGGAUCUACGCGAAGGGGUCGCCAUUCAACGCCUUCCGUGGUCUGGAGUUCCAGAGGGUGUGGCAGGCGGCAGAGAGAGUGCCAGUAUCCCUUCGCAGAGGGCGAAGGUGGCGACGAUGGGGGGACCGUGAGACCGAGCGAUGUGCAGCGUGGUGGUUUGACCAUGGACGGGCCCACCCGGAGUUGCGCACCAUCGCCAUCCGUGUCAUGCACUUGUGGACGUCUGCCUCUCCAGCGGAGAGGAACUGGGCGGCACACGAGCGCAUCAACACGGCGAGGCGCGUCAAGCUUGGGUUUGCCAAGCUUGCACAGCUGGUUGAGAUUGCCACCAAUCUCAAACCGGCCUCGUGCGCACGGCAGGGUGGUGGCUACGUGCUGCCAUGGGCAAUGGGAACCGGUCGGGAGGGGACAGCGGCAGAGGACGAGGAUGAGGAGGGAGACGGGGAGCCCGAGGUGUGGGGAGCGCGACCUGCUUGCAGUGUUCCCGAGCAGGAGAUCCAGCGGCAGAUUGUCGCUUUCCAUGGCGGCCGACUGUCUAGAGCCCAUUCGGUUCGGGACGUGUUUGGCAAGAGGGCGACGGAGCUGCGACCAUGGCCAGAGGGUGGGGAUGAUGCGGACGCUGCUGCGGCAGACGACUACGUCGACGACGAGUGGACAAACGAUGAUGACACGCCGCUGAGUGGCGACCCGACGGCUGAGCGGGUGUACUUCACUUACGGUGGGGGACGUGAUGGCAUGGAUUCAUUCACAUCAGUUAUCACUGGUGGUGUGCCGUCGACCGCACAGGCGAGUGGCAGCAGCAGAGCCGGUGGUGGUCGUGGAGGACGUUCGCAUGCGGAGGUUGGCGUCGACGACUUGGGGGAGCAGCAGCCACGGGGAGGUCUUCGGCAGACAGGCAGGCGGCUUGGUGGGGGCUUGGGAGAUUUCAGUGUCAAGGGACGUCGACGUGCUUCACCGUCGAAGGUGCGCACCGACGCGGAUGUUGUGCGGGGCCCUGUUGAGACUGAGGACGAGAGGGAUGCCCGUUUGGACCGAGAGGAGGAGGAGUGGCUGGGGAGUUUGCCACGAUGGGAGGGUCGGUUCGCGUAUCUUGACGAGCAGCGUCGGCAGAGGGAGUCGGAGACAGGAGGGGGCGGAGGCCGUGACGACGACGACUCGGGUGGUGGACGCCGCGGCGACGGGGAGACCGCGGGUGAUGAGGGGCAGGAUGUUGUCAUGGGCGGUGGGUCCCCUCGUGGGGGACGUGGCGACGGCAAGACCGCGGGUGAUGAGGGACAGGGUGCCGCCGUAUGUGGCAGAGGAGAGGGUGGGUCCGGUGGAGAUGGGGAUACUGCGGGUGUCGGGGUAGACGAUGGACCGGACGGAGAUGAUGACGACGACCACGGUCCCAAGGACGAUGCGUAUAGGCUCGCCUUGGUGUUGAGGGACCCCACAGUACCUCCCUUGCUCCCUAAGGACUCAGCGCACACUUUCUUCGACGUCGACGCUUUGGCGCAAGCGUUGACGGAUAACCCUUUCGCACACAUGGGCCGCGUGAGCGGCAAUAGGCGGGCCCCUGGGAGGGUGUACUCACCGCCGCCGUUCGAGGUGCAGAGCCCUCUAUGGUCGGGUUCGUCGCUCAGCGGCGUGAGAGGGAGGGAGUCUGGUGCGGGUGAGGUGGGGUCCGACAGACGCAGCGAUGGCGGCAGAGACAGUGCUGGAUCGAUGCCUCCGCCGCCCGCACGGACUCCGGAGGCUGUGGUCGACUUCGGGGACCAGACGGCGGCACCCGGAGUUCCGCACAGUGGCGGUUCCCCGCCGACAGUCCGAGGUGGUGUGGGUGGCGGAUGGUCAGUUGUUCGUCGGGUUGGGGACCAGUUGCGGGCGGAUUACGACACUGGGAGGGGCGUCUUCUCGGGAUGUACGCCAGUUCAGACCCAGGCUGGGGAGGGUGGGUCAGGACGUCCGAGCCUGCAGAUGGCAGGCCGCAUGCUCGGUUUGUCACGAGCGGAGGGACAUCCACGGACAUGCUGCGGGGACAGCAGUACACAUCGGGCAAGGAGGGGUUGUUGAUGCGUCCCGGAACGAGACGACAACGCGGCCUCUUGGAGGUUGAGGCUCGACUCGCGGCAGGGGUCGC